UGAGUAUGUGCUUCAAUCAUAAUUAAUUGUAACAGCAUUAGUGGAGGUUACUUCAGUUUCCGACGAUUAUGUAAUUAUUAGACUGCGGAUCUUUAUGCAAAAUAAAGUCUUCGCGAAUGUGCCUACAAAAAUUGAACCCAAAUAGGAAUUUUGUUUACUCUGCAAAUAUUAUAAUAUGAACUUUACUCUCAAUAUUUUUUAUAUUCUUGCAUACUGUGUGCAUUUUGUAGUUUCUUGCACAUUCGAAUUUUCUAUAAAUGCAUAAAGAUCCGUAGUCUAGUAAUUAUAAUUACCCUGUACACAAGAAGAAUACUCUACAAAGUGUAUUUUCAGAAAGAACCUGAUAGCCUACAUACUUUCACUAACGUUCUGUGCAACGUGCAUGGUUGCGACCUCGAUCGGUUCCGACUUCAAAACGAGACAGCUAACGUACCGUUCGUGGAUACCCUACGAUUACUCUUCAUUACUUUUGUUCACUGUCACGUACAUUUAUCAAGCUACAAGUUUAAGCGUCUGCACGUUUUAUAACAUUGGCGCUGAUUCUCUGUUCAGCAGUCUCUUGAUUCACAUAUACUGUCAAUUCGAGAUUCUUGGACAUCGUCUGAAAUCCAUCACAAAAGAGGGGAAAGUUUCGGCGAAGCUCUGUGCUAAUCAUCAUAAUCAGAUAUACCAACUCGCCACGAAGGUGAACGAGGAGUACAAAAUGAUAAUAUUAAUUCAAUUCCUGACGAGCACGUCGAUGAUGUGCAUCGAACUUUAUCAACUGACCCAAAGAGAAGUGGAUUCGAAGUAUAUAGUGUCGGUAAUCUACACGAGCUGCGCGCUUAUGCAGAUAUUGUACUACUGUUGGUAUGGGAACGAAGUCCAACUGAAGAGUCUCGAAGUUUCUGAUAUGGUAAUGGAAUGCAACUUGGAGUCUUUGGACAACAACUCUAAGAAGAUUCUUCUAAUGAUUAUGAAGCGUGCCGUGUACCCUGUCGAAUUCACGAGCCUUUAUAUUGUGGAUGUGAAUCUCGCGUCCUUUAUGGCUUUGCUCAAGUUAUCUUACUCGGCGUUUAAUUUGCUAAAACAGGACAAAGAAUAGCAUCAUUACAGCUAGAAAACGCUCUGCGUUCAAUCGUUCGAAAUAAGAAGAAAGUAGAAGACUAUUUGAUUAAAUGCUCACGAAAUCCUUGUUGAAGUAUGUACAACAAAAUGUUAAGUAUGAACGUCUAUAAAUUCUACUAAAAUCUGUUGCGCUGAAGAAUAUUUUGCCUUUACCCUAACGCUUCACCCUCCCAUCUGUUGGGAGAACUAGAUAUCCCCACGACAAUCGUUAAUCAUGCAUGUACCUGAAACAGGCUGGAGAAUGCAAGAAUAAAUAUCAGCCUAUGUCUUUCAAACAUUCAUCCUCCGCUUUCCAUUAAAAAUUUCUCUCUCGAGUUUUCUGCUCCGGAGAAUUUUUUGUCAGUAUCUUCUACGGGAUUUGUCGUCGACUUUUCUUACUUAUUCCCUAAGUGAUGGAAAACAACAUACGGAAUGCAAGGUAGCAUUACGAAUAGGAAGGGCAGCGUCUUUCUUCUUGUAAAAUAUAAAUGAGCGUGUCGCAAUCUCCAUCUUUAUAAUAAUAGCGUAGCCCCUGAACUUGAGGGGGAACCAACUUAUGAAGGUUCACUCUUUGGGUGGUAAAUAAGAAAUUCCGAUAUUCCACGGUCGCUAGUGCUACCUUAACCUUCGAAGGUAAAGCCAUCCUGUUCUAUAUCGUAACUUCUGGUCAGAAUAUUCAAAAUUUUGUAAACCAUCUUAGCAACGAAGUCGUAUAGGUCUACCUACAGUGUUCCCUUCGUCAAUCUUCCUUUUAUUUUAUAUUUUAUUUGAGUGCUUAAUCUGUCAUCUGUCUAACAUCGAUUAUUGGACCUGAUCGUCCAGUUUUAUGUUUUCUUCCUUAACGUUUGAAUAAGCAAAGCUUGUGUCGUGGUAAGCGAGAAAAUAACAGUGCAGGAGCUUAGAAUGAAACAAACGUGACGAUCGAAUGCAAAUUACCUUGCAAUAACUUGUUAUAGAAUAUUUCUAAAUAAGACGGAGACUGAUCGUAUAGUCAACGAUGCACUCAAUGCGGACCAUACUCACGCUGCUUGCAAUGUGCGGUUGUUCACGGCCAUCUUCUUGGACCACUCCGACCAAGAAGCUCCUGUACACCGUUUAUACGUUCUUUUUGUUAUUCGUGAUGCAUAGCCUCGUGGUAACUCAAAUUUUAGACAUAAUGUUUAACGUCAACAGCCAGCAAGAUUUCAGCGAUAAUUUCUAUAUGACGGCGGGGGUCUUCAUAACGUGUUUCAAAUUGUGUAAUUUGCUGACGAGUCGCGAGAAUUAUGCGAUUUUGAUC